AUGGAAGCAUUAAAUACAGCCUAUCCUCCUGAUGCCACAAACCCUGUCCGCUCUCCCGUUGCUGAGAAGCCAGUGAUGGAGAAGUCUGUCAGCAAAGAAACCGUUGACGCUGCUGCUGCAACCGACGAUACCGCAAACCAGUCUACAUUACACAACAUUAAAGAGAAAAUGGUUGAUAUCAAAGACAGUGUCAAGGAAACUUUACAAAGAGAUCAUCAUCGCGGCCAAGACUGUGCAAAGAAACCUCAAGAUGGCAAGACAAAUCCUAUGGAAUAA